CGUUGAACAGGUUCUUGUUCCAAGGAAUAGAAAGAAUAAGGUAGUUUGAUCACAUCACAAUAGUUUGAUUACAGAACACUAGUACAUUUAUCAGACAUGGCUGCAGUGCCUCAAUAGCACUGAUUCAACCAGGAAUGAAGGUGACUCAACUAGACUGUCUGUGUGUGAUUCUUCUACAUCUCCUACACACAGCAGGCUCUGAGAAGUUUGAGGUUCUUGGUCCAACUGAUCCCAUUGUUGCUGUGGCUGGUGAUGACAUCAUUCUGCCAUGUUACCUCAAACCCAACAUCAGCGCUGAGGACAUGACAGUGGACUGGCUGAACCUGGACUUCAAAGACAGUCGUGUCUAUCGUUACCAAAACCACAGAAUCAUACGAGAUUAUCAGAUUCCCUACUAUAGAGGAAGAACUUCACUGUUUGAAGAGGAGCUGUGGAGGGGAAACACCUCUUUGAAACUGACCAGGGUACAAGGCACUGAUGAGGGACGUUACAAAUGCUUUAUUAAGGCAAAGAGCUGGUAUGAUGAUUUCACUAUUCAAGUCCUCGUUAAAGCUGUAGGAUCCAAGCCAGUGGUGUCCAUUGAGGGACACAGAGAGGGAGGGAUGGGUCUGCUGUGUGAAUCAGAAGGCUGGCACCCUGAGCCUGAGCUGGCGUGGCUGGACAGUAAAGGAGUCCAUCUCUCUGCUGGACCUCCUGAAACACACAGAGACUUCAAGGGAUUCUACAGAGUCAAACAACAUGUCAUUGUCCAGGAGACUGACACCAACCGCUUUACCUGCAGAGUCCAACAGAGCCGGAUCAAUGAGAAGAUGGAGACAGAGGUUCACCUCCCUAGUGAGUUAUUUGAUUACGCAACCCCAUUGAGAAUGGCCUUCAUUGUGUUAUGCUGUCUGGGAGCCGUCACUGUGAUUGGGUUAGCUCUGGCUAUCUACUGCAUAUGCAAUCAGAAAGGUAAUGGAAAGAUGUCACGAAUGUUGAAUUGUUUUUUUCCAGUGCUUUUUUCAACCUCAACACAUUCACAGUGGUUGUAUUCUAAGGAUACAGGAUAAUAUACUACAUGUGCAGGUGACUAAUAUGUUAACACUGAUGACUGAUUUUAACCUGCAGGUGAUUCACAUGUUAACACUGAUGACUGAUUUUAAUCUGCAGGUGAUUCACAUGUUGGCACUGAUGACUGAUUUUAAUCUGCAGGU